AUGGCGAAACUGCUCAAAGGAAACUUGGAGAAUGUGGACCUCAACUCACCAUUGUUCAGGUACUUGUGCGCUCAAUCUCAGUGUCAGUCGCCGAUGGACGCCUUGAAGCAGCGUCGUCGCCACCUCUCGCCGCUCUCGCCUGUGGAGAAUCUGAUGGAGAGGUCGCCGCCUUCGAUAGUUUAUAGAACGCCGGUGAGAGGGGUGCAGAGGGAGGAGGUUCUGGUCAUGGACGGUGUUUUGGUCACCGGAGGAGGAAGGAGCGCAAGGUCUGCUUCUGAUCUGUUGUCAUCUUCUUCUUCUUCGGAUUCUUCGGGGAAGAUUCUGUACAAGACCGACCUUUGCAGGUCCUGGGAGGAUUCUGGAAGCUGCCGCUACACCUCCAAAGGCCAGAUUGCACCAGGAAAAGAAAAGCCACGCCCAACUCGUUUCCCUGUCAAGAACAAGUCUGAGGCACUGAUGUGCAAGUCAUACACUGGCACAGGAUUAUGCACACCCAGCCCAAAGUCUCAUUUUGUCCAUCCGGUCAUGGCCAUUUCUGUUACAGAAGCAGCAUCAGCCACAACACAAGCAGCUUCAUCAACUGCACCCAAAGCCACCAUGAAGACUCCCACUACCACCAUCAGCUUCCUGGACUGGUCACCUCAAGAUGAUGGCAUUGAGGUUGUGUUGCCGUAUUCUUCAACUGGAACACCUCCAUCAAGGGAAGAUAUAAGUUCCUACAUCACUGAUGUUCUUUAUGGCCCCACUACAAGAAGGAUAUUACCAGUGUUUGCUGAAAUUUUCCCAGAGUAG